AUGGCCUCCAACAUACCGAUCCAAGUCGCGGAGACGAUACAGACCGCGCACAUCAACCGCGCCCCGUCGCCGAACCACGACGUCAACCCUUCCACAGCCGCCUCGGAGAAGGAGCCGGUGACAUUAGAACCCGUCUCAUCCCAUGACGAGCUCGAUGAUGACGAGCUCGACGACGACAUCCCAUACAGCGUGGUGAACCCCAAGCCGCGGUCGACAAAGCUACCGCCGAUGCCCGACCUGCGGUUCGAGCAGAGCUACCUGCACAGCAUCUCCAAGGCCGACACAUGGGGCAGGGUAGCGUGGAUCACCGUGAGAGACCAGGUGAUGAUGCCAUUGGCGCAGGGCGUCGUUUAUAACUUAUUUCUGAUCGGCUGGCACCACUGGAACAAGAACGCCCAAGUCCACGGCGGCUCCAUCGGUGCAAGGGUACGCAGGUGGUGGUAUGGGGUGAACAACUGGAAGCUGCCGCCACAGAGAAGCAACAACUGGAACCUCAAGAAGGAGUUGUGA